CUUUCUGAGAAAUAUGGAGUCCAUGUUUGCGGAGAAGGUGGAGAAUAUGAAACAUUCACUCUGGACUGCCCUCUAUUUAAGAAGAAAAUAGUUGUAGAUUCAGCGAAGGUGGUUGUGCAUUCGGCUGAUGCAUUUGCACCUGUGGCCUACCUUCAAUUCUUAAAAUUACACCUGGAGAAUAAGGCAAAAUCUUCGUGUACGUUUAUGGUCAAUAGCUGUCCUUGUGAGAUAAGCUGUAACAAUGACGAUAUUUUCCCUUCAUCAGAAGAGGAUGAACCACAGAAGAACAUUCCAGUCAUCUGGAAGUCUUUGAAACACAAUUCUCUGGAUUUCACUAAGACGUUUGGAAGUUCAGGAAGAUCCCUGAGUGGUUACCAGUGGUUUUCAGGUAUCACUGCCUACUUUCAUCCGUCAAAAGGCAAAAACACUCAAGAGGCAGCAAGGGAAGCAUUUUCCUCUCUCCAAGCUAAUGUGGCUUCAGAGGGAUUGAAACUGAAGGAUAUUAUUUUGGUUCAUCUGUAUAUGAAGAGCAUGAAAGAUUUCAAUGUUAUAAAUUCAGUUUAUGUGACAGAAUUUGAUUUGUGUCCACCAGCAAGAGUAUGUGUGGAAACCUUGUUAUCUGAUGGAGUACUGUUUUGCAUUGACUGCCUUGCACAUAAGUAUGACGUUGCAAUGGAUGAUGUGUCACAUGAUGAAAAACUGGUCAUGCAUGUACAGAGCAUUUCCCACUGGGCACCUGCCAGCAUAGGACCUUACAGUCAGUCCAUCAAGGUAGGGAAUCUGUGUUACUUCACGUGA